AUGGAGGGUAGUAGUUCUAAGGGAAAGAAGGCCAUGCAAGAAAAGGAAAGUGGAAACAAAGGGAAGGAAGAGAUCAAAUAUCGAGGCGUCCGAAGGCGGCCAUGGGGGAAAUUCGCGGCGGAGAUACGUGAUCCGACGAGGCAAAGCGCCCGACAGUGGCUCGGGACGUUUGACACGGCGGAGGACGCGGCGAGGGCGUAUGAUAAGACGGCAUUUAACCUAAGAGGCCAUCUUGCUACCUUGAAUUUCCCUAAUGAGUAUUAUUCUCAGCUUUCUAAUCCUCCUUAUCACUAUCGUACUACUUCAUUUAACAUAAUUAAUCCAAUUAGAAGAGGAUUAGAUAAGGGAAAUUCAUCAAUUGGAAUUCAAGAUAAAGAAAUAAUUGAGUUUGAGUAUCUUGAUGAUAGUGUGCUAGAGGAGCUUCUUGGAUCAGAAGAGCCAAAAUAA